AUGGCAAAGAACAGCAUGUUAGGCUUGGUGCUGGCCUUCGCCAUCGCCGGAUCCCUACUCUCUGGUGCCGGUGCACAGGGCGGGUGCCCAGGCGAUUUCGAUGCAUUGGUUAAGCAGUGCAAAGAAUACGUUGGGAAGUCGGGGCCUCUGGUCCCGCCCUCAGUGCAGUGCUGCUCCGUCGUCAAGAGUGCAGACAUUCCAUGCAUCUGCAAGUACGUCACACCAGAAGUGGAGAAGGUUAUCAGCAUGGAGAAGGUGGUCUACGUCGCGAAACAAUGCAGUCGGCCUCUGAAGCAUGGAAGCAAAUGUGGAAGUUACACAGUCCCAAUGGCAUGA